ACCGUUUUCAUCACCAAUCUCUCUCUCUCCCCCCCUCCUCGCCCUGCAAUCUUCACGUGCCGUCUCUGAGCAGUUGCUAGUUAUCCGUUUGUUUCUCUCCUGCAAAUCUUAUCCGCUGCCCCCUCCUUUUCUGGAUCUUCGAGUCUGUCUCUCUCUGCGUGUGUUUUUCUGUCACGGCCUUGUGUCUACCCAACACAAACCCAAAUCUAAUCUUAAAAUUCUCGUUUUUUUGAACCGAAGGAGUAGUAGUUUUGUUCGUUGUGUCGAGUGUUUAGAGGGGUCGUUUUUUGGUUUUUCUGACCGAGCUCUGUUGAGUCAAGUCGAGAGAAUAAUGGAAAAGAGCAGGAGGCAAGUGGGCAACUCUUCUUCUUCCUCACCUAACAACACCAACGCUAGCAACAGUUUGGAUCAUCUCUUUGGUCCCAAAGACUCAUUUUCUCCUUCUUCCGGGAGCUUCGGCUCUAUUUUCCCUCCACCGUCCACGGUCCUAGGGAGGACUAACAACCAUUCUCGUUCCGAGACAUUUAUGGGCUCCCCCAGAAACCCGGAUUCGGGAAAUCAAGCCAGCGGUUGCAAAUAUGAAAAUCCAGGAGCGAGUACAGGUCAAAGCUUUAAGGUUGAUGGGAAUAAUGCAACUAGCAAGGCCAAGAGUGUCAUAUACCAGAGUGAAGCAGCUGAGCCAUGCUAUCUGAGCUCAUCCAUCUACUAUGGUGGACAAGAGAAUUAUUCCCCAAGAACCACCGCUAGGACCGCCGAAUCUCACUCCACGUUCAAGAAAGAUGGUGUCGAGGAUGAAUCGAACGGAAGCAACUUGGACAGUGCUUCAAGAGGAAAUUGGUGGCAGGGGUCGCUCUACUACUGAGGCGUUCCUCUUUCACCAUAUAUAACCCGUAUGCUGACUGCCCUAAGCCGGAACAACAGACUCUAAUCAGAAUAUGAAGGCGUAGAGUAAUGAAGUAGAGGAGUAAAGUAUGAUUGCCAAACGGGACUUGUGGCUUGAUGCGAUCUUUUUUGUCUCAGCAAGUGAAGUUUCCGAUGUCUAUCUGAUAUGAUGACAAUCAAUAAAUCUUAUGCAAGUUUCGCUGUACUGUGCUAUUAAAGGAGAGACCUGUUAACUUCUCCCGUCGAUCUAACCAUGUGACCGGGAAACUCUCACUUUGCUUUUCAAUGAAUUGUUGGAUUGUCCAAAA